GAAUCACGUACGGACUGAUGAGGUCAUACGUGAAGCUAGGGGCGCGGGAGCAAGCGGACUCGGGGGGGAGGUUUCAAGCCAAGCUAUUGGUGCAAGCGACUUAUGAAACAAAGUAGUUAGCUAAACCAUCAGCGAGAUCUUAUUAGGCCAUGAAUAAUUCGCGAUUGUCACCAGCAUACGUCUUUUAGAGGCAGAAGUUAACCAGACGAAUGUGGCUAUGGAAGUGGAGAACCAAAACGGGUUCACAUCCAGCUGUCCGUCUGAGAACGGCAGCAGCUUCUCCACUCUUGAAGUGCUACCUUCAGAAAACCACGGUGACAGCCUGACCCACCACACCACCCGCCACGGCACUGUUAUCCCCAAUCGGAUUUUUGUCGGGGGAAUUGACUACAGGGUUAAUGAGAGCGACUUGCGACAUGUCUUCUCUCAACAUGGCGCGGUAAAAGAGGUGAAGAUUGUGAUAGAUCGCUCAGGAAUGUCAAAGGGAUAUGGCUUUGUUACAUUUGAGACUCAAGAUGAUGCACUGAAAGUCCUUCAUGAUGCUAAUGGCAUCUGUUUCAAAGAUAAGAAGCUGAGCAUUGGUCAGGCUGUCCGCAAGCAGCAAGGUCCAGGACAAACUAAGAGUGUUUUUGUGACCAUCCCUGACUCGGCCUUACCUGUGCCGAUGUCCUGUGGGACGCUGCACCUAACCACGUCUGCAGGCUAUCCCUACACCUACCACAACGGAGUGGCCUACUUCCACUGCCCCAACAUGAGCUCUCCUGCCCACCACUGGCCUCAACCUGCUCCUCCAGUGACGCUUCCUCAGUCCCAUCAGCCUGUCUACCAGCAACCAGCCUAUCUCCACCACCACCAGUGUGCCCCGAACCAGUAUCAGUGGAAUGUGGUCCAGUCGCCGAUGCCCUCCAGUCCAGUCAUGUACUCCCAGCAGUCAGAAUAUCUGUACCAGCACGCUGAUGGAGCCCCUUUCCAGCCUCCUCUGCCUGUCAUGGAGGACACCACACCAGAGUUUGUAGAGCCCAUGCCGGUGCAGCAGGUUUACCCAUUGUAUCCUCAGAGAACUGAAGGAAUGACGGCAGUUUUUCUGCAACAUAACUAUAGAAAGGUUAAAAAAAGAAUCAGAUGUUUCCACACUCGCGGGUCCAUCUGAAGCCCAAGUACCGCCGCUACAUCCAUCACAAGGAGUACCACUACCUGCCAGAAGCCACAGCACCUCCAGACGCCUCGAUGCAUCACACUCAACCACCUCUCAUGUAGGCUAAACCCACUGACUGCUUGGUCAAGGGAAGAAUCCCACCCGCAGCGCCACAACCUCUCGUGUCAGUUUAGUUCCUCUUCCUUCUCGGAUUCCAUCGCACAUAUAAUCUAUCAACUGUUGAACCUGUGCUUUACAACAUAAUGCAGUAUGUUUCGUGACAUGUGAUUUCAUGGCCUCUUUGCUGAGAGUUUGUCUGUUACCACCAACUCAAGGAAUGCUCUCUCACCUUGUAAGACUCGCAGCACUCUGAUCUGUUUCUGUAUUGAUGGUUUAAUACAGUUGGAUGAUUGAGGUUAACUCACUACAUUACAGUGGCUCACAUUGCCUAACAGUAUUGACCGAGGUUGGGCUUAAUUUCUCAAUUAACGCAUAAACGUAGCAGUGAGAUAUGAGUUUUCAGUAAAUAAUUUAUUUUACUAGUUGUGAUAACACAAUAACUCUGCGAUUGGGCUGGGCAAUAUAUCAAUAUUAU